AGUGUGGGCCGCGGAGCAGUAAAGGCGCCAGGAGGCUGCGGCUGGGCUAGAGCGUCUCCCCGGAAGUGAAGCUGAGUCGGGGGGUAGAGCGGCCCUGGGAGGACCGCAUCGGACCGGGGCAUCAUGUCUUACACCUAUCUCUUCAAGUACAUUAUCAUCGGGGACACCGGCGUCGGCAAGUCCUGCUUGCUGCUGCAGUUCACGGACAAGCGCUUCCAGCCCGUGCACGACCUCACCAUCGGUGUGGAGUUCGGGGCGCGGAUGAUCAACAUUGACAACAAGCAAAUCAAGCUGCAGAUCUGGGACACAGCCGGGCAGGAGUCCUUUCGCUCCAUCACGCGCUCCUACUACCGGGGGGCGGCUGGGGCUCUGCUGGUCUACGACAUCACCAGGCGCGAGACCUUCAACCACCUGACUUCAUGGCUGGAGGAUGCCCGGCAGCACUCCAGCUCCAACAUGGUGAUCAUGCUCAUCGGCAACAAGAGCGAUUUGGAGUCACGGCGGGACGUGCGGAAGGAGGAGGGCGAGGCCUUUGCACGGGAGCACGGGCUGGUCUUCAUGGAGACCUCUGCCAAGACAGCUACCAACGUUGAGGAGGCCUUUAUUGACACGGCCAAAGAGAUCUACAGGAAGAUCCAGCAGGGGCUGUUUGACGUGAACAAUGAGGCAAAUGGCAUCAAGAUUGGUCCCCAGCAGCCUUCGGGAGUGGCUCCUGGUGCUGGCUCUCGCCAUGGCCCCCAGGGCUCCGGGGACAGCUCAGGCUGCUGUUGAGCCUCUGGGGCCAGGACCAGCUCGCUCUAGCCCCUGGCAAGGGAGACAGCUCCUCGUGGCUGAGCCAAGGGGUGGGGGACUGUAGGGGGUGGCUGGGCUGGGUAAUUUCCCCCCCUCCCCCAUGUCUCAGCAACCCCCCCCAUCUGGGCCCUGAAAAAAGGGGCAAGGACCAGGCACCCCUUAGCCUGUGCCUGGGGGAGACUUUGGGCUCUGCCUCAACCACACAUUCCUCCUGGCUGGCUGUGGGUUGCCGACGGGACAGAGCCCAGGGCUAGGGCCUCCCCUUGUCAGUGCCUUCCACCCCCCCCCGGCUGUCUCUCUUACUGCCUGGGACCCAGUUGGGUCUGGCUGGGUCCCCUGUGUCCUGCAGGGUCCUGGCCAGGUGCCCGGCCCCUCCCUGCACCCAUGUCAGCUUUUAUACUGUACUUGCUCUCUGUGGUUUCUCCUGUUAUUAAAUGUCUGCAUGUG